AUGAACCGCACCCAAACCAACAACACAACCAACACGACCGCCACAAUGGAUCUCGCCUACGAAGUCGAUUUUUCCGACUCGGACCCUCAAAACGCCCAAGCCUGGCCACUAUGGAAGAAAUCCGUCGUCGUCGCCAUCUUCUCCUACGCCACCACCUGCGUGGUUCUGUACUCGACCUCCUACACCGCUGCCAUACCAGGCAUGCUGCAGGAGUUCCACGUCUCCGAAUCCACGGGUAUCCUGGGAGUGACGACGUACCUCCUCGGCAUGGCGUGCGGGUCGGUGGUGCUCGCUCCUCUGUCGGAGAUGUAUGGUCGACGACCCAUCUACCUCAUCGUCAUGGCGCUGUUCAUCCUCUUUGUGAUCCCUUGUGCCGUGGCGACAAACAUGGCAACAAUCCUGGUGAAUCGAUUCAUCGGUGCAUUCUGUGCGGCGGCGAUGAUUUCCAACGCUCCCGGAACGGUGAAUGACAUCGUCGACGACCAACAUCGUGCGCUGGCAUUCUCGAUCUGGAGUAUAGGUCCGAUGAACGGACCGGUGAUUGGGCCCGUUGUUGGAGGGUUCGUGUAUCAGUACAUGGGAUGGAGGUGGACGAAUUGGGUUGUGGUGAUUGUGAGUGCGGUGGCGUGGUGUUUGGUCGCGGCGGUGCCGGAGACGUAUGCGCCUGCGAUUUUGAGGGGGCGGGCGAAGAGGAAGAGGAAGGAGGAGGAUUGUGAGAAGUGGUGGAGUCGGUAUGACGACAAGGAGAAGUUUUUGCCGUUGUUGAAGGUGAAUCUGAGUCGACCUUUUGUGUUGACGGUGACGGAGCCGAUUUGUCUUUUCUGGGACCUCUACAUCGCAUUAGUCUACGGCGUCCUCUACCUCUGCUUCGUAGCCUACCCCAUAGUCUUCUCCCAACUCCGCCACUGGUCCCCCGGCAUCUCCGGCCUCGCCUUCUCCGGCAUCGGCCUAGGAAGCAUGCUCACCAUCCUCUCCGAGCCCCUCCUCCGCCGCAUGAUCAACGCCCACGCCCACGACCCGCUCACCAACCGCCCCUACCCCGAAGCCAUGGUCAGCGUAGUCUGCAUCGCCGCGAUCCUCAUCCCCGUCGGACAAAUCUGGUUUUCGUGGACCUGCACCCCAGACGUCCAUUGGAUCUGGCCCAUCCUCGCCGGUAUCCCUUUCGGCGCGGGUAACGCGGGAGUCUUCAUCUACGCGUCCAAUUACCUCGUUCAAUCGUAUGGGAUCUACGCGGCGUCCGCGCUCGCUGGGAACGCGGUGUUGAGGAGCGUGAUGGGCGCUACGUUGCCGUUGGCGGGUCCGGCGCUUUAUGCUGCGUUGGGGGCGAACUGGGCGGGUACACUGUUGGGGCUGAUUGAGGCGGUGUGUAUUCCGAUUCCUUUUAUUUUUUAUAAAUACGGGCAUAAGAUUAGGGAACGGUCGGGGUUGAUUAGGAGGAUGGCGGAGGAUCAGAGGAGGAGGGAGGGGAGGGUUGAGAAGGCGAGGAGGAGGGCGGAGAGGGUUAAUAUUGAGGAGGGGGAGGGAGAUGAGGGGGAUGAGAAGAGGGGUGGGGUUGAGGAGGUGGAGAAGGAGGGGGGGAGGAUGGGGGUUAGGGAGGUUUAA